AUACCGUUAAUUUAGAGUUAUCAAACGUAAUAUGAGCAUAGAUUUUACUGUUGAAAUACUAGUAAUCGCAUUUGCAGUCGGUAUUAUUUUAGUUUUUAUAAUAUUUGCAUGGCUUGCAGCAGCUGUGGACUGCGGGAAAGAUUUUUUAAAUCAGCUGUUUGGGAUUUUACAGAUUGAACAAAAACGGAAACGUGUUUAAUUUGCUUAAUCCAAAAUGUGUAAUUUAUUUUAAGUGUUGUUCUUCAAAGGACAGUGGCUCUGAGAGUGUAAUCUCGUGGGAUAUGGAUGAAGGCAUCCAGAACGAAAAAGCAGCCUGUAGCAGCGUAUCAGACCAAAAUACUGAAAAACAACAGACAUCCUUAAACCAAACCAGAUCGUCAUCUAGUAUUGACCUCAUCAGUGCUUUGCAGCAAGUAGAAGGGUCGCUACUGAAUAGUGUGGUCCAGCCAUUUCACUGUACAGGAAAUCUUGACAGCUGUGAGGGGAGUAAAGGUCUGAAAAAUGUAAUACAGAAUCAUGGCAACUCUUUGCUUUCUAACUCCAAACAUCAAAAGAUGGAAACCCACAAUGAUAUCAACACCUGUAUUGCAUCACUUGACCAAGUACAAGAGGAAACCACCAGUGAUGUCUGUGCUAAAAAUACAAAAAUGCCUCUCAGUACGACGUCAGUGUAUAAUGGACAUGAAUACUUAUUUAUGGCUAAAAGUAAUGGGAAUGAAUCUCAUCCAAAAAACCUGUGUGAACAAAAAUCAAAAGGGAACAAACUUCUCAGAACCAUUGGCAUAAUGAGAAGAGAAAACCUGAGACCAAAUAAGAGAACUGCUGGUGCUUCUGAGCAGAGCCAGGGAGCUGAAAAUAGAGAGUCAGAGAAAAAAACAGCUGAAGAUCAAAUUUUCGGAAAAGUCUGUUACAGUGAUGAAGGCCAAAUGUAUGAUAAUUCUCAACAGUAUUUCUAUAAAUCUAGAAAGGGACCUGAAGAAGCAAGUGUAUCUGAAGGGACUGACAGCUUCAAAAUGGUCAUUCAUCAGUUCUGGAGAAAGGUGUUUGGGAUCCUAAGAGUUCCCCUUUACUUCAUCAUGAUAUUUCUAAUUGAGAUGCUGGACUUUGUUAGUCAAUCUCUAUGUAAUGUGUUAGUCGUGGGGAUAAUGACAGCACUCGGGGAUCAUGUGAUAAAACCCCUCUUGGUUGUUUUAUUUAGCCAUGCAUUUCAGCCCAUGAUGAUAUUUUUGCUCAAUGUAUCUUCAAGCGUAAGGGAUCUGUUUAAUCCCUUUUUUGACAUGCUGAGAGUAACCAUGCAGCGUAUAGCUGUGAUUGUGAAAGCCUUUAGAAUUGUAGAAAUAAAUAAGACAUCCACAUCAACUUAUUUAGAAGACGUGUAAACUAAUCCUUUAAAAUUAAUAAAGAUGUUUUAAACCUA